AUGGCCCUGCGAGUGUGUGUUCGACCGCUGAUCUUCUCAAACGGAGUCCGACUCUGGGGAGAAACUUUGGGUUUAAGAAACGUAAUCAGACAUUUCAGCCAACACCAUGUGCUCCUGAGCAACAGUUCUCCAGGCUCUAAGGUGCUGCUACACUUUAUUAAUCAGAGAGGAACAAAGAUGAGUGUGACAGCAACAGAAGGAGAAUCUCUGCUCGAUGUUGUCAUCAACAAAAACCUCCAAAUCGACGGUUUUGGUGCAUGUGAGGGGACGUUAGCUUGCUCCACAUGUCACCUGAUCUUUGAUGAGUCUGUGUACGAGCGCUUGGAGCCGUUGGUGGAUGAGGAGAUGGACAUGCUCGAUCUCGCCUAUGGACUCACCAAGACGUCUCGUCUCGGGUGUCAGGUGAUCGUGGCGCCCUGGAUGAACGGCAUGACGGUGCGCGUCCCACAAGGGGUCAAAGAUCAACGAGUGACACAGGAGGCGAAGAACAAACAAUGACACACACACACACAGACACACAAUUAAUUCUUUCUUUUUUUAUUUGUGAGAGCUCAUGAUUAAAAUUCCAGUGUCGGUCUCUAUAAUAUUAACAAUCACA